GCUGUGGGUCCGCGAGAUCUCCCCAGCCUCAAUUCUCCAGCAUCUAAAAAGUGUUCCCCGUGCAUCCCGGGAGAGGGAGCCAGUUGGGGGAGGGGAAGACUGCAAAGCAUCUGUGGAGGUCUGAGGGCAGAAGAGACCAGGGCCUUCAAAUGCAGCCCUCAGAGGUUCUUCCAAGCCAAGGUCAGCAAGUAUUCAGAAUCACGGACUCUUCUCCAGAAAACUAAGCCUUCACACCACAUAUUGCCUACAAUUUCAGAGGCCAUCCAUGGACACCUGUAAGGAAUCCUUGCUCUAAAUAGACAUAGGGAAACAAACACAUGUAGUCACUCUUGUCUUCCUAGGUUUGUGUCUCUAGCCAACCUCACCAACCCACACAACUGGCCUUUACUGAAGGACAGAGGCAGCCCUCCUGCUGAGCCUGUACUAGAGACAGGGGCCCAGAUACCCCCAAAUUGGCCUUACUACACUACCCCAAGAAGGUCAAGGAAAGUCUUAAAGCACAAAGGACAAAUACCGCAAAAAGUCAGUAGGAUUUGUGAGCUUAUGUCACUGGGAAGUUCUGUCACAUGGAAGUUGGUGGUUUUCAGGCACAGCUGGAUUCAGGAAUUCAGGCACUAUCAUAAGAACUGAUCCUCCACAUGCAGGUAAAAAGACAAGGGGCCAAGACUGGCACAUCUCCUGGGCCUUUGGGUGGCGGGUGGGGCCGCCAACAGCCCCAAGGAAUCCCCGGCGGUCUUUCCCUCUCCAGCCUCACCGCCACCGCUUUCAUGCCGGCCACCAACCAAGGCUGGCCAGAGGACUUCGGCUUCCGGCUGGGCGGCUCCGGCCCCUGCUUCGUCCUGGAGGUGACCGAAGGGAGCAGCGCGCACGCGGGGGGACUGCGGCCCGGGGACCAGAUUCUGGAAGUGGAGGGACUGGCCGUGGGCGGCCUGAGCCGCGAGCGCCUCGUGCGCCUUGCCCGGCGCUGCCCGCGCGUGCCGCCCAGCCUUGGUGUGUUGCCCGGCCCCGAGGGCGGCCCCAGCGCAGGAUUCGGCCCCACGCCCCAGACCGCAGCCCUGCGACCCCUACGCUCCAGCCGCAGCCUCUCAGUGGGCCGCGAGCUACUGCGCCUGGCCGGCCGCAAUCGCCCUGAAGCGGUGCACCGAGAGCGCAAGCGCAAGGCCCUGGAGUUCAGCCGCAAGGUGGAUGAGAUCUUGGGGGACCAGCUGACUGCCAAGGAGCAGGUAUGCACUGCACUGAAGCAGUUCGCGGCUGAGCCGCGGGUGGAUGACCUGGUGUGGGCGCUCACCCUGGUGCUGCCUCGUGAGGCCCGUGGGCCACUCCUGGACAACCUCAGGAUCUUCAUCCCCAAGAAGCACCGGGCGCGCUUCGACGAGGUGGUGUCGCAGGGUCUGCUGGGCAAGCUGUGCCGCGCCCGCCGGACGCAGGGCGGGCAGCGGCUGCGCCGGAGCCGCAGCGAGGAGCGGCCGGAGCGCCUCCUGGUGUCCACGCGCGCCAGCGCCCCCCCGCGCCGUCCGGACGAGCCGCCCUCGCGGAAGGCCGCUUCGCUGCUGGGCGGCCGCGCCGGCCCGGGGGGCGCGCGCAGAACUGUCCGAGUCUACAAAGGCAACAAGAGCUUUGGCUUCACGCUGCGCGGCCACGCGCCUGUCUGGAUCGAGUCUGUCCUGCCUGGGAGCCCGGCUGACAGUGCUUCCCUCAAGGCGGGUGACCGGAUCCUCUUCCUUAAUGGACUGGACAUGAGGAACUGCUCUCAUGACAAGGUGGUGUCCAUGCUGCAGGGCAGCGGUGCCAUGCCAACACUGGUGGUGGAGGAGGGGCUCGUCCCAUUUGCCAGCGACUCUGACUCUUUGGAUUCCUCCAACCCGUCAUCGGCACUCACCUCCCUGCAGUGGGUGGCAGACAUCCUGCCCUCCAGCAUCCGUGUGCAGGGGAGGACUUUCAGCCAGCAGCUGGAGCGCCUUCUCACACCACCGGAGCGCUAUGGGGUCUGUCGGGCCCUCGAGAGCUUCUUCCAGCACAGGAACAUCGACACUCUCAUUAUUGAUGUCUACCCUGUGCUGGACACACCUGCCAAGCAGGUCCUGUGGCAGUUCAUCUACCAGCUACUGACUUAUGAGGAGCAGGAACUCUGCCAGGAGAAAAUCGCAUGCUUCCUGGGCUACACAGCCAUGACAGAGCCGGAGCCGGAGCUGGACCUGGAGCCAGAGCCAGAGCUGGAGCCGGAGCCAGCCCCAGAGCCCCAGUUGCGAAGUUCCCUGAGGGCCGCCUCCGUGUGCCGCCGCAGCCUCCGGUCCCAGGGCCUGGAGACCAGCCUUGGCUGCGGUCCCGGCAGCUGCCCCGAGAUGCCUCUCCCUCUAAUCCCAGGCGAGCGCCAGGCGGGUGAUGGCACAUCCCUGCCCGAGACCCCCAACCCCAAGAUGAUGUCAGCAGUCUAUGCGGAGCUUGAGUCCCGACUGAGCAGCAGCUUUAAAGGGAAGAUGGGGACCACAUCCAGAUCCCGUGCCUCUCCCCCAGUGGCCAACCUGGCAGGCACAGCAGGACACAGGACCCUGUCCAGCGUCUCAUGGCCCAGCGAGCGGCUCCUGUCCUCCCCCUGCUACUACCCGCUGUGCUCAGGUGGCCCAGCCUCCCCCAGCAGCUCUGAGUCCCACCCCUACGCCAGCCUGGACAGCAGCAGGGCACCCUCCCCACAGCCAGGCCCAGAGCCCAUCCGCUCCGACAGCACCCCCAGCCCGGACCCUGCCCACCCGCCCAGCCGCAGGAAGCUGUUCACCUUCUCCCGCCCCAUGCGAAACCGGGAUACUGACCGCUUCCUUGAUGUGCUGAGUGAGCAGCUGGGCUCCCGGGUCACCAUCGUGGAUGAUUUUCUGAGCCCCGAGAAUGACUAUGAGGAGAUGAGCUUCCACGAUGACCAGGGCAGCUUUGUAACCAAUGAGCGGAGCAGCGCCAGCGAGUGCAUCAGCAGCAGUGAGGAAGGCAGCUCCCUGACCUACUCUUCCAUCUCUGACCACAUACCCCCGCCCCCACUCAGCCCCCCGCCCCCGCCACCCCUGCCCUUCCAUGACCCCAAGCCCAGCUCCCGCACCCCCGAUGGUCCCCGGGGUCCUUCUCAGACGCUAGCCAAGCCCCUCACCCAACUCAGCCACACAGUCCCUCCACCACCCCCACCACCCCUGCCCCCACCCGUGCCCUGUGCACCCCCCAUGCUGUCCCGGGGUCUGGGCCACCGCCGAAGUGAGACCAGCCACAUGAGUGUCAAGCGCCUGCGGUGGGAGCAGGUGGAGAACUCAGAAGGCACCAUCUGGGGUCAGCUUGGGGAAGAUUCAGACUAUGAUAAGUUGAGUGACAUGGUGAAAUACCUGGACCUGGAACUCCACUUUGGCACGCAGAAACCUGCUAAGCCUGUGCCAGGGCCAGAGCCCUUCAGGAAGAAGGACGUGGUGGAGAUACUGUCCCACAAGAAGGCCUACAACACCUCCAUCCUGCUGGCGCACCUGAAGCUGAGCCCGGCCGAGCUGCGGCAGGUGCUCAUGAGCAUGGAGCCCCGGCGCCUGGAGCCCGCGCACCUGGCGCAGCUGCUGCUCUUCGCGCCCGACGCCGACGAGGAGCAGCGUUACCAGGCCUUCCGCGAGGCGCCCGGCCGCCUCAGCGAGCCCGACCAGUUUGUCCUGCAGAUGCUAUCAGUUCCCGAAUACAAGACCCGCCUGCGCAGCCUCCACUUCCAGGCCACCCUGCAGGAGAAGACAGAAGAGAUCAGGGGCAGCCUGGAGUGCUUGCGCCAGGCCUCCCUGGAACUCAAGAACAGCCGGAAGCUCGCCAAGAUCCUGGAGUUUGUGUUGGCCAUGGGCAACUAUCUCAAUGAUGGACAGCCCAAAACCAACAAGACCACGGGCUUCAAGAUCAACUUCCUGACAGAGCUGAACUCUACCAAGACAGUGGAUGGGAAGUCCACCUUCCUGCACGUCCUUGCCAAAUCACUGAGCCAGCACUUCCCAGAACUCCUGGGCUUUGCUCAGGACCUGCCCACCGUGCCCCUGGCUGCCAAAGUGAACCAACGGGCCCUGACCAGUGACCUGGCUGACCUCCACAGCACCAUCAGUGAGAUACAGGCCGCCUGCCAGAGCAUGUGCCCCUCCAGCGAGGACAAGUUUGCUGUGGUCAUGGCGUCCUUCCUGGAGACGGCCCAGCCAGUGCUACGGGCGCUGGAUGGGCUGCAGUGUGAGGCCACUGAGGAGCUGGGCAAGGCACUUGCCUUCUUUGGUGAGGAUUCUAAAGCCACCACCUCUGAGGCCUUCUUUGGCAUCUUUGCGGAGUUCAUGAGCAAGUUUGAGCGAGCACUCAGUGACCUGGAGGUCGGGGAGGGCUUGCGCAGCUCUGGGAUGGUGUCGCCCCUGGCCUGGUGACGUGGCAGCCUGCGCCCUCCCCUCUGAGGCCUUGCGCGGAGACCCAAGCCAGAGGCUGUGCCCCCCAAGCUGCUGAGCAGCACACGUGCGGAAGGUGGGGCCCAGCUGUGCCCACGUCUCCAGCUGCCUCAGCUGUUGGGCUCAGCUGCCUGCAAAGGUGCACAGUGCGGCGGGUCCUGUCCUCUAGCCGGGCCCCCAGCUCCAAGCAUGGGGCCGCGGGGCAGGCGCCAGUGUGUUUGCACAAGGAGGACCAUACGCCUCAGACCUGGCUGUGCUCCCAACUCCCCAGGCUUCCUACACUCCUCCCCCCUUUCCCCCAGGGGGCUGUGUGUGCUCUCUGGAUGCUGGGCUCCCAGAGAAGGAUGGGGGCUGCAGCCAGCAGGUGGAUUGCGAAGUAGUCUCCACCCCCUGGGGCAGCGUCUGCUGGCCGCCCUUGGGUGGCUUGGUGAGAGCACACCUAGCCCAGAAGGACAUCUGAACCUCCUUCCUGAGUCUGCUCAGAGUUCACCUGAAGGAUGCUGUCAUGCAGCAUGGACCCCGGACCCUGGAGGAGGCGGCCAGUGCCCUUGAGUAUGCCACACCAAUGAGCACAACAAGGCCUGGAGGUCUCUCACCCAGCCCUGCCUCCUGGGAUGCUCAGAAGAAGGCAGCAGAAAGAAGAGCCCCAAGUACAGGGCCCUGGGGUGCAGGCACCUAGCCUGGGUCUUGGCAGUUGGAAGAAACUGCAGCUGGCUGCAGCAGAAGGGGACCAGGAGGCGAGAAGGUGGGCUGAGACACUGGGAUGGACUCAAUAAGGAAGACUCCUAUGUCAAACUGCUUAAGUCAGGCUUUCUCCCAGUGAACACUCUCAAGUCCAGUUUAGAAGCUGUCAGUUUGAAGUGGGGAGUCUGGGAGUGGGAUGGGGGUGGUCAAGGUAGGGGCAGAGAGAAUGAAGUGGUGUUUGGGUGAUGGAUGAAUAGGAUUUGGUGACGGACUACCUGGAUGGAUGGUGAUGAUGGUCCCUAGAACAGAUCCUGUGAGCAGAGCAAGUAUGGGGUGGAUGACACAAACUGGGGCAUAUUUGGGAUCUCAGAGGCCAUUUUACGUGUGUGUCUGGAGUCCCUGGUGAGGACUGGGGAUGCAGGAGAGUUACCUGGAUGUUGGGGGCAGGGGAUGCUUGGGCAGGGACGGGUGUUACCUUGUUCUAUCCUUUCCAUGCUCCAGUUGGCAACUCUGGCAUCAGGCAGCCUCCCAUUACCGCUUUCCUCAACCUUCUUCUAGAGAAGUCUGAAAUGGACUUUAAACCUGGUUCUUGGAUUUUUUUUCCCCAUAAUAGAAUAUCUAGUGUUGCUCCUGAGCAGUAUUUGGGACCUCUUCUGAUCCCUCUUGUCUUCUACAGACCCCUCUUUGAGGCCAUAUAUGUUCCUUCCUUGUUCCCCACUCAUAGUGAUCACAUGAAAAUGACUAAACCAAAAUGUACAGUGUACCCAGAUGUGGCAUUUCUCCCCAGCAGCUCAAGCUGGAUAAUUUCCAUGAAUCCCCAAAGCCUGUGUUUCUGAGAAAUGCCAGAUCAGUUAAAAUCCCUAUGUGAGAGCCAUAAAGAUUAUAGACUCCACCAGGUUGUGGACAAGUCUUGAUCCCCAGCCCCAGGUAGACCACAGGGUAUUUUCCUGCAAGUUAGAAAAAACACAUGCUCUCUCCAGGUAGAUCCGGCCCUGUGCUAGAGGGCACAGGCUAGCUAGAUUUUCUCCAUAACAUGCCUUGUGUCCGUUGUCUAUCAGCCAUACAAUGCAAUAAAUAUAACAAACUGCCCCAAAUCUCAGUGGCUUAAAAUGGCAGCCACUUACCCCUCAGAAGUGUGUGUGUCACCUGGCAGUUCUGACCUGAGCUGGGCUCAGGGGACUCACUCAUGUGUCUGCAGUCAUCUGUGAGUCAGCUGAGCGGCUUUAUCCAUUAUGUCUGGGGCAUUGGCUAGGACAGCUGGGAUGGCUCCAUGUGGCCUCUAGUCCUUCAGCUAAAUCGCCAGGACGAUUCACAUGAUGGAGGCAGGAGCCCACGAGAACAAGCAAAGACACAAAAGACCCCUUGAGGCACAAGCUUAGAACGGGCACCUCACCCCUUACACCACAGUCUGCUGUCAAGUGACAAGGCCAACCCAGAUUCAGCGUGAGAAUAUAGGCUCCAUUCUUGAUGAGAGAUGCUGCAGAAUCACCUUGCAGAAGGUGUGAAUUCAGGGACAGGUGGAGAGCUGGGGCCAUUUUUGCAAUCAGUCUACCUCCUGUCCCCUUGGCCAGACACCCUGGUGCAGCAGCCAGCCUCCUUAACUUAAAAUCUUCAUGGCCUGAGUCCUGCCUGGGCCCAGCCCAGCUCUGGUUAUCCAUCUCUGUGUAUCCUCCAGGGGUCCUGUGUCUCAGUCUCUCUUAUCUAGUCACCCAUGAGGGACCUGCCUCCUCUCCGGACACAUUCAGUCCAGUGGGCAGCACUGGUCUGUGCUUGCUUAACAACCAGUCUCCUUUCUGCUGGGGAAAGCUCCCUGUUUUCCCUUUAGGAAAUUAUCCCUCCUCUACUCCCUGGCCUUGGGGCAGUGCUGAUUGGCUAAGGAUGGUCUCAUGAAUCUGGCUGGGUGGCUCAGAGUCAACUGAAGACUCAAAUAGAACUGUUUGGAAAGGGAGGCUCCUUUUCUUCUGGAUGAAUUGUGGGGUGUAUAGAGGGUGGAAGCUUGGAGGGAGCUGCCAGGACCACCACUUGGAGGGCACCUGCCUGGGUGUAAAGCCAACACAGGAGGGAAGAGGAGAGAAGACCACUGCAUACAGCUCUUUGUCCCUGGAUCCCACUGUGCCUGAGGCAGACAUCUUGACUUGUCCUUUUCCCAACCAACAAACUCCCCCUCCACUUGUAAAUUUUUAAAAUUUAUUUUAAUUUUUGGCUUAGGCUGGUUUGAAUGGAAUUCUGUCACUUGCACCACUAAGAAGUUGACAAAUAACAUCAACAGAUGGUUGUAGAUGUUCAGUCUUUCAACAUUCUCAAUGAGCUCUCUUCAUUCAUAAAUGCAUUUGCCAAUA